CCCUAGAAAGAUCGCGAGUUCUUAGUUAGAGUCCUUGCCUUAAAUCAGAAACGAAAGAUUUCUGCACCGUAUUCAUAAAAUACAAUUUCCACACACAUGACAUCGGAAAUUAGAUUUCACAAAACACUAGAGUUUCGCCUCUAUAACAAUUCUUUAUAUCAUAGGGAAAUAACACAUAUUUUGACCGGCGAAUACCCUCCAAGUAACAAAGAUUAAUGGCGAAUCUAUAGUUGUAAUGAAUGUAAAUAAUGAAUAGUGUUAUACAAAAUUUGUGAAAAUAUAAUAGAAAAAUUAAUUUUAGCAAGUGUUUUUAACUGAGAAAAUAUGGGUCGACGUUCGAUAAACACCACGAAAAGUGGGAAAUACAUGAAUCCCACGGAUCAAGCACGUAAAGAAGCACGUAAAAAAGAAUUAAAAAAGAACAAAAAACAAAGACAAUUAGUACGAGCAGCUGUUUUAAAGGGCAAAGAUCCAGCUCAAAUAAUAGAAGAAAUGGAAAAGAUAGAUCAAAUGGAAUACAAUGUUAUGCAGCCUCCACCACUUAAUGAAAAAGUUUUGAAAGACAAAAGGAAGAAGUUAAAGGAGACUCUAGAUCGUGUAUUGAAAAUGUAUGCCAAAGAUGAUCAAGAAAAAUGGGCAGAGUUAAAAGAGCAACUAAUUCAGUAUGAACGUAGAAGAAUAGAUUUAGUCUCUUAUUUUGAGGCUGUGCGACAUGCACAACAAGUACAAGUUGAUGAAAUUCCAUUACCUUCUGCUGGCAAUGAUAUAUCUCGAAUGUACCCUGGUUCUUUAACAUCACAAAUACCUUUACCGGAUAUGCCACAACCACCAGCACAUAUGUACCCUCCUCAUCCGCAUUAUUUACCACAACACCAUCCUCUAAUGAACAUACCAAUACCACCAAGUAUUUUAAAGAAAACAAGUGCAUAUGCAACAUCCCCUUCUAUACCAAUGUUAGCUCCUAACAAAGAACCUCCUGGUGUGCCACCAUUCCCUCCUCCAGAUUUAUCUAGCGAUGAAGAAGAGGUACCUGAAAAGGGUAAAGAACCAGUACAAAAGUCUAGAACAAUCCGAUUUGCAGAUGAUAAAGAAGAUAAACAAGAAUUGGAAAACAAAGAGAAAGAGAUAGAUAAAGAAAAAGAUAAAGAGAGAGACAUGUCAAAAGUAAAGCCAACUACUUUGCAACAGAAAAUGUUGGCUAUGGCAGGACAAGAUAUCGAUCAGUUCAUGCGUGAAAUGGAAGUUGUCCAUAAGAAACGGGAAACUGAACGAGCUCAAGACUUAAAUGCUCGAUUGUCAUUACUCGAAGCAGAAAAUGAAUCUAAUUCAAAAUCAAAUAACAAAUCUGUUAAUAAUAAAACGGAAGAAGAAGAUCUUGAACCUCCAGGAGCAUCAGAUCACUCUUCUAAUCAUAAUCAACAUACGUCUUCACAUUCUCAUUCUCAACAUACACAACCUCAUACUAUGCCCCCUAUGGGGAUGCCACCUCAUCCUUUAAUGUAUAGACCACCACCACCGCCAUUACAUUUAAGAAUGCCGCCACCGCCACCACCUCGCAUCGGAUUGCGUUUACCUCCUGGUCCACCACCAGGAAUGCCAAGAAUGUUAAGACCUGGUCCACCAAGUAUGCCUAGAAUGCCUCCUCCACAAAUGCAAAUGCCUAAUCUAUCAAAUAUAACAAAUAUUGGCAAUCCCCAAAUGCAGACACAAUCAGGAACUGGGUCACAACCUAAGACACCCAAUGUUCUUUCUGCUGCACCACAAUUGAUUAAUAGGAAAGAUAAGGAUGGUAAAAGUACCACAACUAUUGAAGCAAAACCACAAAUUAGAAAUUUAGCAGCCGAUGUUACAAGAUUUUUACCUACUUCUCUUCGAGUUAAGAGAGACGAUAAGAAGAAACCGAGUACUUUAUCUAGACUGGCGGAAAGAAUACCAGAAACACAACCGUUACGAACAACUCAACCUAAGACUAAAGAUGAUGCAUACAUGCAAUUUAUGCAAGAAAUGGAAGGAUUGCUUUAAAUUUGCAUUACAUUGUAACACAAUUUUAUUAAGAUAGAAAAUAAUUAAAUCUUGUAAAAUAUGUUAUUACUAUUAUUGCAAUAUUGAAGUAAUAUAAAUUCCUUAAUUCAAAAUCUUCUAAUUAUAUGAACAAUUAUGUCUUUAUUUAUAUGCACACCUAUAAAAAGAUAUGCGAUUUUUUACUUAUUACAGACAUUAGCAUUGUACUUAUCAAUUAAUAAGUCUUGCAAUUGAAAAUUAAAAAUUGUUAUUUUGUAAAAUUGAAUGUGAUACUUAUAUAGAUUAUUGUUUAAAAUAUCUUUUUCGUAAUAUAUUUUUACGAUGUCAAAGGAUGAUGGUUUUCAAUUAUGUAUUUAAUUAGUAAUCUUAAAGAACCCUUUCGGAUAAAAC